CUUUAUACUGUCCACGCCCCUUCAAGAUGAUGACCAAGUAUUUUUCCAAGGUGUCCGUUAGAUUCAACCCUUUUGGCCCAGAAGGUAUGUACACACAGCAAGAAGUUCUCGAUUCUGGCAUCAAAGAACUUAACAAAGACCGUGGCCUGUCUGUGUUAAAUUACGUGAAAUGUGUUGGGGGUACCAGAGCCUUGAGCAUUUCAAAUCCCAAAGAACUCUCGACAACCAUUUCAAGAUUCAAAAUCUCAUAAGUCACUCCCAACAUUCUCAGCUUCGCAUACUAACACCCGUAGCUAAAACCGCCAGGUUGUUCCUUAACACCCUCCCAUCCACAACCAGAGGUCAGUGUCCAGUGGACUUCAAGAUUUUAUCCGCCAGUUCUGCCGAAACCCCCACCAUCAAGGUUACCUUCAAGGACAAAAACGCAUUGGAAUGUGACCCAACCGCGAUGAGCUUUAGUGAGGCCCAAGAAGUCUUUGACAGACACUCCAGACAGUUGAAGUUGAAGGACGAUCUUGAAAACUAGAACCGCCACACUUUUUGCAUCAUAUGCCUUUGUCCCAGCUCCGGGAGGUAUAGAUUCGUCGGAAGUGUUGAACUUCUGUGUAUUAUAGACCGCUGAGUAGGUAACUCCUUCCAGCGUCAAGCCGACACAACUUAGCCUC